AACAAUUUACUGCAUAUGUAAUCCUCUUUUACUACUUCUCACACAGCAGCAGCAACAACUUAAUUUUUUUAAACACUUUGUAUUUUUGUUUUGUUUGGAUAACAAUGGAGGGGGACGAGUCAUUUUCGGACAAAGACGUCCCAACGCGGAGGACGAAACCAAAGGUGGUUAAGAAGAAGGCGAAAUUAGUGGAAGCUGGUCCAACUAAGUCUGCUGCUAAAUCUAAGCCUGACACCGGAAAAACUGCUACACCCGCCGAUGAGCCUAAACAUUUGGUCGUGGAGACUACGAGAGCCGCAGACUGUGCCGAAGGGGAAUUAAAUCCCCGUGGAACGGAGGAUAAGGAGAAGAGAAAGUCAGUCACCACUACAAGUUCUGCUCGUGAAGACCAGACUUUCCAACCCGUCCCGUGGUCUUACAUUUCUGAUGAGGAGGAGAUGGAAGUGGGGGAGGAAGAAAUGCGACUCAGGGAUGGGAGGGGGAUUAUUCCUAGAGAUGUGGAUUUGGCUGAAGAGUUCCAAAUAAAGUACGUGGGUUCGUCGAAUGCGAGACUUGGCACAACUGUCAAAGGUGAAGGGGUCGAUCAAAUAAAAAAGACGAUUCUGCGGUUAGUUGGGCUAGUUCCGGAUGAAACCACUCCGUCUGACCUCGAUGUUUUUGAAGCGUCCCCACAACUAGUCUUGAGCCAAGAGGAACAGGGAUUGACCAGUGGACAGAGGGAGACUCUCUUCCAGGAGAUUUUCCGCAGAGGAGGUCGUGUUGAUGUCGAAGACAAACCGGGAUGGUUUUUAAUUAUUCACAAGGCCCCCACCACCGGGUUAAUUCAUUUGUGUUUGGAGAUGGCUCAUAAAUCUAGAGGAGCAUCGAUCUAUGUAGCUAUAAGACUUUGUACGAAACCAAAAUGUUACCAGUACAACCAAACUCUCUCAAGUGAUGUAUUCCCCAAGUGUAUCCAACAUCAACCCAAUCCUAUUUAUACCGUGAUGAAAGUUACUGAUUACAAUCGAAGGGACGUGUUGGUGAUUUUUCACUUGAAGUUCGUAAGUUCUGUAGCGUCAAAUGCGUCCAAUCAGAAGAAAGAUGAAGAGACUGAAAUGCAGAUUAAUCUCAUAUGCUCCGGUCAACCGUCGUGGAAAAAUUAUUGUGCGACGGAGGAUCUAAAAACUCGACCAAUCCCCAGAUCUAUAUCUAGACACCACUUUAACAACGAAAGCGAGGCUCUAAGGAUGCUGUCAUUUGAAUCGACCAUUGGCAUGUUUAUGAAACUCGCCUCCGGAUCUCAGCCCAUCAUCAACUUGGAUGAUGUCAUCCCCUUGUGUUACGGAAUGGAGGGUGAGAUCGAUGCGCGACUAAAGGAGUUGGGGAUGGAGCUCAAGAUUCGUCGCCACUUAACACUGGCGGAGAAAAAGAAGGUCAAGUACCCAUUUCCGGGAGAGUAUGUUCUUGGAAGAGCAGCAGCAGCAAACCAACAACCGGAGAAAGGGAAGACCUUUUUUUAUACCAUCAUGAGUUGCGAUAUGUGGUAUUUUGGCUGGACCAACACCCCCGAUUUCAAGAAUCGCUUAGUGUUAGUAGGGGGGACUGAUGGUGCUAGGGAGUACAAACGCAUUACAGAGAAGAGACAGAAAGAUAGAGAGUUAGAGAUAGGGGGACUGCAACAAAGAGAUAGAGAGUUAGGUAGAGCAGAGGAGUUAUGUAUCUAUCCACCCCCACUUAAGGCUCCUACCAUGACCCCCUACCUUCUCGCCAACUGUGAGGAUGAUGAUAAGAAGGCCAUGAAGACCAAGACCAUCGAAGCUAAGAUGAUAAUAGCUGGAUAUGUUGCAUAUUUGUUGGGAUUUCGUAAUCCUAUUCGUCCUAAUUCUGAUGUAGGUUAUUCUACUAAUAAGUGUGUUUUUAUUAGUUUAGUUGAUUCUAAUUCUUGGGGCGAGAUUUGUGAAUUUGUCAAGUUAUUCUGGGGGUUUGAACCAAUGUUGAAAAAAUAUGAGAGAAAUUGAAUUAUGUUAUUAAAUAAAAAUUAUACGGAAUAAUUUACCAGCUAAAGAUGUCGCCAAUAAUCUAAUAAAAUUAAUGGUUGAUUGCAACAAAAUUAUAUUAAUUAAAAA